UCCUUUUACCCUUGUCUAUUAUUCAUUCUUCAACCACCACCACAUAUCAUCACCUCUCCUGGCUAUAUAUUAAGCUCUUGCCCAUCAUUUGUUGCAAUUAGCUAACCCAUCUUUUAUUUUUUCACUCACUUGUUUCCAAUUUUCCCCAAAAAAUUCCCUCCUUAUUUUUCUUUCUCUAUAAACCUCUUGUUUAGAAACACACGCAGAGAGAUGAAGAAGAAGAGAAAGAAGAAGAUUACACCUACCAAUGCUGUUUUCUACAUAUUGUUUGGUCUUAGCACAAAUCUACGGCAUAAUACCCACAUGCAUUAUUACUAAGGGAUUCCAUGUGGGUCAAGUAAGUAGAAUUUUUAUUUGUUACUUGUUUUUCUUUUUCAUUUGAUAAAAAAAACUUUUUAGUUCAAUUUUCUGCAUCCCCGCCAUACUUUCGGCUCUCAUUACAAGUUUCAACUAGUGAAGUCCGCAUACUUCAAACAUACUUAUGCGAAAGUAAGGAGUGGGUCAAUAACUAUUACAGCACCAACUUUAGAUCUCUACUUGAUCUAAUGGCUGGUAGUAUACUUUGGUACACCCACGUAACAAUGAAGAACAUGAAUAUCUACCAAUAUCCCAUUGAAAAACUGAGGGUGCAGCCGGUAGGCCUAAUUGUCGCUUUUGCUGUGAUGGCCACACUUGCUGCAGAGUGCACAUGUGACGAAGAAGAUGAAGAAAGGGACAGAUCAAAAGCUCUACGCUACAAAAUAGCGGCUUUAGUGUCAAUAUUAGUUGCAAGUGCAAUUGGUGUUUGUCUCCCACUUCUUGGGAAAGUGAUACCGGCAUUAAGCCCUGAAAAAGAUAUAUUUUUUAUCAUCAAAGCAUUUGCUGCCGGUGUGAUACUGUCCACCGGUUUCAUUCAUGUGCUUCCUGAUGCUUUUGAGAAUCUUACUUCUCCAUGUUUAAACGAACAUCCUUGGGGUGAUUUUCCCUUCACUGGUUUUGUAGCUAUGUGCACCGCUAUGGGGACUCUUAUGGUUGAUACUUAUGCAACCGCUUAUUUUCAGAACCAUUAUUCUAAAAGGGCACCGGCACAGGUUGAAAGUCAGACAACCCCAGACGUGGAGAAUGAAGAACAUACACAUGUUCAUGCUCACGCAUCACAUAGUCAUGCACAUGGUCAUAUUUCUUUCGAUCAGUCAUCAGAACUUCUUCGUCAUAGGGUCAUAUCACAGGUGUUGGAGUUGGGAAUUAUUGUUCACUCUGUUAUCAUAGGAAUUUCUUUAGGUGCUUCAGAGAGUCCUAAAACCAUAAGACCAUUAGUGGCUGCGUUGACUUUUCAUCAGUUCUUUGAAGGCAUGGGACUUGGAAGUUGUAUAACUCAGGCAAAUUUCAAGAGUCUAUCAAUUACUAUUAUGGGAUUGUUCUUUGCUUUGACAACUCCAGUAGGAAUUGGAAUUGGCUUAGGGAUCAGCAAUGUUUAUGAUGAGAACAGUCCAACUGCUCUUAUUUUUGAAGGAAUCUUCAAUGCAGCUUCAGCUGGGAUCUUAAUCUAUAUGGCACUUGUAGAUCUUCUUGCUGCUGAUUUUAUGAAUCCAAGGAUGCAAAAGAAUGGUAGGCUUCAAUUAGGAUCCAAUAUAUCUCUUCUACUAGGAGCUGGUUGUAUGUCUCUUAUAGCCAAAUGGGCUUAGCUAGGUGUUUGUUUGAGUAUUCUUAAUUUUCAUUUCCUUCCAAAUUGUUCAUUUGAAGUCCUUGAUAAUUUCCAAAUAUGCCUAUAACAAUAGACCUACUAUCGAAGACGACGUGAAUAUACAGUUUCACAUGACAUUCAGCUUGAACUGGUUUAUGUUUAUCAAUUCUGGCAUUUUGGUGGACUAUUUGGGAUUUGAGAAAUGAGUGAUCUCAUUUGAUAAGUCUGAUUUCUGUGUUAUUUUGGGUUGGAUUAUGAUAUUGUCCAUCUUGACUUGAUUAAAGCUGGACCGAUGUCUAUAUUAUGAGUGGUGUGUUGAAUCUCUAUGUUGUAUUCGAAGAGCCUAGUCGCUUCGCCUUGCUGGUUUUGGCAAGGGCUUGGUUCUGGUCUUGUGCUUCUUUUCCUGCGUGAUUAUAGUACUCAUUGUACUUUCAUCAUAAUAUAUUUUAAAUUUUUUGA